AGACACCAAAGAAAUAGCAUAUCUUAAAAUGCCUCACCAACAAAAUAUGUACCACGGUGGUCCAAAUGGCCGGAAAAAGCCACAAGUGGUGGCAGUAAUGAUCCCAUUUCCAGCUCAGGGCCAUCUCAACCAGCUCCUCCAACUCUCCCGCCUCCUCCUCUCCUACCAUAUCCCUGUCCACUACGUUUGCACCGCCACCCACAUCCGCCAGGCCAAGCUCCGUGUCCACGGUUGGGACCCCUUGGCCAGUGCCAACAUCCACUUCCACGGUUUCGAAAUCCCUCCAUUCCUUUCCCCUCCUCCUGACCCUAAUGCUACCACUAAAUUCCCUUCGCAUCUCCAACCAGCCUUCGACGCCUCCAGGCACCUCCGAGCACCGCUGGCGGGGCUCUUACGCUCGCUUUCCGUUCAAUCAAAGAGAGUUAUUGUCAUCCAUGAUUCUCUCAUGGGGUAUGUGAUUCAGGACGUUUCCUCCAUCCCAAAUGCAGAAUCCUACACUUUCCAUAGUGUCUCUGCUUUUACAAUUUCCCUCUUCAUAUGGGAAAAACAGGGUAAACCCAUAAAAGUAAGUGAAGAAUUCCUUGAAGAUGUUCCCUCUCUUGAAGGAUGCUUCUCGCCGGAGUUCUUGGAUUUCAUCGACUUUCAGCACCGGUACCUGAAUUCCAACUCCGGCAAAAUAUACAACACAAGCAAGGCCAUAGAAGGUACUUCCAUGGAUCUUCUUGAGAAAACCUUGACCGGAAAAAAGCAUUGGGCUUUAGGCCCAUUUAAUCCGGUUCAGAUCACGGUGGAGAAGAAGGUGCCGUCAAAUGCCCGGAACUUCUGCUUGAAAUGGCUUGACGGGCAGCCGGAGAACUCCGUGGUUUAUGUGUCUUUUGGGACAACCACCGCAAUGAGUGAUGAACAAAUCAAGAAUCUUGCAAUUGGGUUGAAGCAAAGCGGCCAAAAAUUCAUAUGGGUUUUGAGAGAUGCAGAUAAAGGAGAUGUUUUUGCCGGAGAAAGAGGGAGACUGCUGCCCGCACUACCUAAAGGGUUUGAAGAUUUGGUGAAAGAUGUGGGGUUGGUGGUCAGAGACUGGGCGCCACAGCUGGAAAUUCUAGCCCAUCCGGCCACCGGUGGCUUUGUGAGUCAUUGCGGGUGGAAUUCGUGCUUGGAGAGCAUCACCAUGGGAGUUCCGAUCGGCACGUGGCCAAUGCAUUCCGAUCAGCCGAGGAAUGCGGUGCUGAUUACGAAAUUGCUGAAGGUUGGGAUUGUUGUUAGAAAUUGGGAGCGGCAAGAUGAGGUGGUGACGGCGGCGGCUGUUGAGAAUGCUGUCAAAAGGCUGAUGGCGUCGAAGGAAGGUGCAGAAGUGAGGAAGAGGGCGGCGGAACUUGGAGAUGCAAUGCGGCGGUCGGUGGCGGAUGGUGGCGUUUCUCGUGCAGAGUGGGAUUCCUUCAUUGAUCAUAUCACCCGGUAGCAUAUUUAUUCACAAUACUUUUUAAUGUUGUAACCGGUGGUGUAUUAUUAUUAUUAUUAUUAUUUUAGAGUAUGCUAUUUUGUGGUUAAGAAAAUUAGUAGUAUACC